AUGGAUGAGGUUGAAGAAGCUAACAAAGCAGCUGUUGAGAGCUGCCACGGAGUUCUCAGCCAUUUGUGUCAACCUAAGGGCCAGGUUCAUUGUAAAAAUUUACUGGCGGAAACUGAGGAGGCUGUGUUCAAGUUCAAGAGAGUUGUGUCUCUUCUGGGCGGUGGCUUAGGCCAUGGAAGAGUGAGAAAGUUGAAGAAGUUCAAGCCGCCACCUUUGCCUCAAAACAUCUUCCUAGAUGGCCCUAAUUACAGAUUAGAUAUUUCAACAAAACCCCUCCAAUUACUCCCACCUACUUCUCUUGAAAACCGACGCGCAGAAAAGGAUUCCAAGUAUGGAAGUUCUCUGCAGCACACACACAGCCAGAAAGUGUUUCUUGGAAACCCAGUAGUGGAUUUGGACAUGAAAAUCAAGCUCCCUCUCCAAAUUCCCAAAACAAAACCAUUGCAACAGUAUCAUUUCCUCGAACAGAAGCAUGACCAUCAGCAAGAGAUACAAAGAUUGCAGCUUCAGCCCCAACAGUUGAAAUAUCAGGCUGAUACAAUGUACUCUGGGAGAAACCGUGGCAUCAACCUUGCAUUUGAUAGGUCCACUACCCGCACUCCCUCCAUGUCGUCAGCCAGAUCAUUUGUAUCAUGUUUGAGCAUGGAUGGUGCUGUGGCUAACACUCACUGCGAUUCGUUCCAACUAAUCCGCGGUGUGCCUCAGCCGCCUGAUCGGAUCUCACAACAACAAAGGAGGUGCAAUGGUGCCGGGGAAAACGGAACUGUAAAAUGCGGCAGUAGUGGUAAAUGCCAGUAUCCAAAGAAGAGGAAAGUGAGGGUGAAAAGAUCGUUUAAGGUUCCUGCCAUUAGUAACAAGAUUGCAGACAUUCCAGCUGAUGAAUAUUCAUGGAGGAAAUAUGGGCAGAAGCCAAUUAAGGGUUCCCCCUAUCCUAGGGGAUACUAUAAGUGCAGCAGCAUGAGAGGGUGUCCAGCGAGGAAACAUGUUGAGAGAAGCCUUGAAGACCCCGCUAUGCUCGUCGUCACCUAUGAAGGCGAGCAUAAGCAUUCGCCAUCUGACCAGUGA